AUGCCACGCUCUCCGUCACCGUCACCGCCGGCAGGCCAGCCCUCUACUGCCAGCGAUGCGGGCGACGCCGUUAAGGCCAUCUAUGUCUUUGCCAACGAGAAGGGAGGCAUGACCGACAUCAAUCGCGGCAAAAUCAACGAGAUCAUCGCCCAGCUCAGUCAGUCUUCCGCGUACACCGCCAAGCUGCUCAAGUCGGACCGGCGCGUGGACGAGACGGUCGCGCUGCUCCAGCAGAAGCUGCAGCUCAGCGACGAGGGCGCCCGGCGCAGCGCGGCGGCCGUCGUCGCCCGGCAGGUUGCGGCGCUCGAGGCGUCGCGCCGCGCGGACCGCUGCUGCGCCGUGAUUGACUUUGAUAUGUUUUACGCCGCCGUCGAGAUUCGGGACCGGCCGGAGCUAGCAGACAAGCCGGUCGCCGUGGGCGGGAUCGGGAUGAUCAGCACAGCCAACUACGUCGCCCGCAGGUGGGGCGUGCGGUCGGCGAUGCCGGGCUUCAUCGGCCAGGCGCUCUGCCGGCAGCUCGUCUUUGUGCGGCCGGACUUUGCAAAGUACACGGCGGUGGCCGAGGUCGCGCGCGCCAUUUUCCGCGAGUACGACCCGAAGAUGACGGCGGGCUCGCUGGACGAGGCCUACCUCGACCUGACCGACCACCUGCACAAGCGGGCGCGGGACGGCGGCGGCGGCGGCGCCGGGGACGACAGCGGCGACUGCGACGGCGGCGGGGAGGGGGAGAGGCGCGGCACGGCUCUGACUGGCGAGGCGCUGGGCGAGCUCGCUGGCGAGGUGGUGGGCGAGAUCCGGGCGAGGGUCAAGGAGGCGACGCGAGGGCUGACCACCUCGGCGGGGAUCGGGCCCAACUUUCUGCUCGCGAAGAUCGCGGCGGACGUGCGCAAGCCGGACGGCCAGUUUUGCACGGGCUGGUCACGCGAAGCAGUGCUCUCCUUCUUGGCGCCGCUUCCGGUGCGCAAGGUGCCCGGGGUCGGCAGGGUGAUGGAGAAGGCUCGGGCCAGGAAGGACGGAGCCGCCUCGGCUGUGUGCGAGCUGCUCUCGCGGGCGGCGGAGGCGAGGCUGCUCUUCACGCCGGGCAGCGCCGACUCGCUGCUGCGCAAGUCGCUAGGGUGGGAGGAGGGCGGGCGCGAGGAGGCGGCUGGCGAGGCGCUCCAGAAGGGCAUCUCGUGCGAGCGGACCUUCCGGCCGACCGGCGACGAGGCGGAGCUGGGCGAGACGCUGCGCCGCCUCUGCGCCAGCCUGGCCGAGGAGAUGGCGGCGCGGCAGCUGCGCGGCCGAACGGUGACUCUCAAGAUGAAGACGUCCGAUUUCGACCUCUUGACGCGCGACUCGAGCGCGGCGAGGCCCGUCGGCGCGGCGGAGGAGCUGCAGGCGCGCGCAGUCAUGCCUCUCACAGUUGCUGACUAG